AUGGUUACUCCGCAACCAAACAAGCCCCACGUGUGCCUAACAGCAGUCCUCAUCAUGACCAGCCUGGCACUUAUGGACGCCUACCUGGUGGAGCAGAAUCCGGGUCCCCGGAGGCUCGCCGUGUCCGUCACCGUGUUGGCGAGCGAUGCGUGUUUCCUCAUCGUCCUUCGUUACGUGGCCGUCUGGGCCGGGUCAGAGGUGCACACCGCGAGGCGAGGCUAUGCCAUGAUGCUCUGGUUCUUCUACAUCUUUGUCCUGGAGAUCAAGGUCUACUUUGUUUAUCAGAACUACAAGUCCCAGGACACGGCUGCAGAUGUGGAGGUGGUGGAUGUAGGCGUGUCCCGGAGAGGUCUUACACUGCUGCUGUCCAUCUGCAUGCCCAUCGUGUUCGUAACGCUGGCUGCAAUAGAUCACCUGGAGUACUUGCGACCGUAUAAAAAAAGAGAGGAGAUACGGAGCCGCCUGUUCUGGGUGGUGCUGGACCUGCUGGAUGUUGUGGAUGUUCAAGCAAACCUGUGGGAACAAAGCGAAGGACUCCCCCUGUGGGUGGAGGGUUUGAUGUUCUUUUACUGCUACAUCCUCCUGCUGGUGCUGCCGUGCGUCUCCCUGAGCGAGAUCAGCAUGCAGGGGGUUAACAUCGUCCCCCACAGAAUGAUGCUCUAUCCCAUCCUCAGCCUCGCCACCAUCAACAUCAUCACCCUCCUGAUCCGCACGGGAAACCUGCUGGUCUACAGGGACAUCCGAGUGUCGGGGAUCAUGAUGGGAAAGAACGUGAUCGCCAUCUUAGUGAAGAGCUGCAGCCUGCUGCAGUACAGGAAACAUCAGCCAGCUGCUCCUAUGGCGGAUCGGGGCACCGAGAUCCAGAAGAACUCUCAGGAAGAGGUUCAGGUGUACGGCGGUCAGCACGUGGGGCUGCCCAGAGUCGUGAUCGAGGACUUCACCAGCAUCCCAGAAGAGGAGGAACAGGAUGAAGAAGGCGAGGAGGGCGGUGAUGAUGCCAGUCAACAGGAGGUGAGCUUGAAUGGCGAUGAGAUAAAAGAAGGAGAAACCCAACUGAAGCGACGGGAAACAACUGGUUUGGGAUAAACGAGCAUCUGCGGUGCUGCGGAGAAACUUUCUGAACUUUCUGAUCUGAGGAGCGCAGGGUUCACUCAGCGGGCUGCAGUCACUAAACCCAACAUGUUCUCACUGCGUUGCUGUAAUACUGAUCGACAGGUUGGACAUUUCUUCAGAUUCUUGUUUAUGAACUCAAACGUGACCGUUUCUAAGGAAAGGUCGUUUUUGUUGUUGUUUGUCCUGCUCUUGCUCUGAUAUAAAAAUAAUUUCUAUAACUUUCACUUAAAACAUGAGUAGAAACCAUCUUGUUCACACAGAUAUAUGGUGGGGAUGUAAAAUCCAUUUUCAGAGUGCUGAAUUUAAACUUGUCACACGUCUCUGAGAAUCAGUCACUUAGAAGAUGCCCUGAAAGCUUCUUCUAGCUCUUGUUGGCAGGUUCAGGUUGAUGCUGCUCUCAUGUCUAUGAGCAGAUAUGAAGUAGAGCAGAUUUUGGCUCAGAGGACUCUGAUGUAAUCUUAGAGAAUUAAAACACUAGCUCAGACUGUUAGGUCCAUAAACAAUAACACAAAUCCAAGCGAACCCUUCCUCGGUGUCAGUGUUGAAGUCGUGCAGCAGCUCUCUGCAUAAAGAGAAGAUAUCGUGGACAGCGGAUG